CACCAAACAGUACUGCUUCUACCUUCAUCGCGACCAGUUCCGGCGUUUGGCUUUAUUCGUUCACACAUUUAAUCGAUUGCAUUAGACUGCCGCACGUUGCCUACAAUGUAUUUCAAGAGUUGCGAAAUGGACGAAUCGUUCGACCGGAUCGUGCUGACGCUGGCCAAAAGAUUCGCUAAAUACUCCAAAUAUUUCUACGUCGAAUCCGGCAUCGCAAUACACAAAGAUUUCCAUAACUAUAUCGCCAUAUUCCAUCAAAUCGAAUCAAUGGAAUCGCAGUUGACCAUCGUAGAACAUCGUUUCAGUAAGGAAGAUUAUCGACAUGUAACAUCCAGGGACGAUAUUUUUGCAAAACUGCAGCAGAGCCUUCCCGAAGGAGUACAGCCACCUGUGCAUACUAAACAUGUCCUGAUUCUUGCAAAUCACCGAGAAACAAUCACCGAAGACGACGUUGAAGUGGUAGACCAAAAAGAACUACACAUGGAAUAUGUAUCGGGCCAUUCCCAAGUGCUACAGAAUGCCUUACGAGCGGCACGACUUGAUCAAGAAUUCGGCGCUCAAAACAUCUACGAAAUUCUCCUCACUCACGAAAACUCCGAAAAACCUUUGAAAGAGCUGUUGAUCUCUGAAAAAUCCGAAAAAUCCAUUUCCAAAGGCACAUACUACAGACUAGACCCCAUCGCCAAGAACGCCAUGCCCCUCAUGGAGCUCUACGAGAGUCCCCGAGGCACCGAACUUGGAGUGUUCCUGAUUCGAGAGGCUCCGCGCAACUAUCCACUGAUAACUCUCAUCCAACCGGUUCGGGAACUCUCCGACAUAACCGCCCAGACCCGAUUCAUCGUCAGUGACGCCGUAUCGUUCGAAGCCGUUUGCGAACGAUGUCCGACAGCCCGCUGCCAUGAGGUCAUCUUCCGCGAAGACUACGGAUUGGUAUACUGGCAGCGAAGUUCCGGCCCUACGAAUGAUCUGGCUCCGUUCUUGAGCACUGCAGGUGUGGACCACUACGAGCUGUGUAUUCCCCCUUCCCAUUGGUUGAACGUGAUUUACGCCGAGCGAACUUCCGGAAAGACCGAGUUCUUGAGAUUUCUUGAAAAGGAGUUCAGAAGAGUCAAACCUUUCGGAUGGGUUCGGAUGGUUGAUGGUGAAGAAUUGAGAGGGAUUGUUGAGCUAACGGUGCAGGAUGGGUUGAUCAAACUUGGUGGGGUUCAUACGGAUCGAGAGUUGGAAGUUUUAAAGAUUUUUAUGAAAGGCAAACAAGACAUGCUUCUGUUGAUCGACCAUGUGGAUCAUUUGGGUAAUGAACUAGUACGAUUCUUGAAAGGAUUAGAAGAGCUUGAAGGAGCUGUAAAAGUUUGGAUUGCUGCAGGACCGAAGACACGAAAUACUAUCGAAUCGAACUUCCCGAUCGUAAGACAUGAAUUUCCGGUAUUGGAUGAAUCUGAGCAAGCAACAUAUCUGAAGAUAAAGAUACCAAAUGCUCCAAACGAUCAAGUGGAAAACAUGCUGGACUCGGCCCGCAAACAGAAUCUCUACGACGCUGAUGGUCAUCCCAUAACACAUCCAUACACGGGAAAUGUAUUUCAUCUUCAGUUGCUGGCAGAUGUAGGUCUAACUGAAGAUCAAUCGAAAUACGAGCCUGAACUGCUUGAAGCAUUUGUAAUGAAGCAUUGUCCAGCCGAUCGAUUGGAAGAGAUCGAGAAAAGGUGUUACGAAACAGUUGUGAACGAUCACUGCGACCCGGAAGUGAAACAUCUGUGUCUGUACUCAACUGUAGUAGAAUACUUGGCGGCGAGAUACCUCGCAAAGCACCACGAAUACGUAUCCCUGGAAGUUCUCCGCAAUCACAAAUACUUGGGGAACCUGCUUGAUCGAAUAAUAACUAAGAACUGUCCACUUUCUAGAUCAGUUCUGAACAAGAAUAUUGACGAAGUGCGAGCGAAUCUUGAUCAAUACGAAACAGCAAUAGACGUCCUUCAACGAACGCCCCUACAUCUGUGCCAUGAGGCUCUACUCAUUGCGGAAGUUCUAAUCACCGCUGUUGGAAUCAACCUUGAAGCCUGUUGUCUCCUAUCGAACUAUACCCCUCUUCAGAUGGCAGAUGAACGUCAAGAUUGGCAGCUAGUCAAUUUGUUGAUCAAUAAUGGUGCAUCUACGAACUUCCAAAACCUUCGCCUUCGCAUGAUGCCAUCUGCCGAUUUGACAAAGGUUCUCAAUGACUGCAUCAUGUACAAUUUUCCGGACGUGAUUCGAUGGAUUCUCGACAAUCGCCCGGACAUUCGGAUAACACAAUCAACUAUCUACACGAUCAGUGUCUACGAAGAGUUUGAUCAAGAGUUAGCCUUCCGGAUCCUGGAAUUGGCAUACGAUCAAGAUCUUCCUUCACGGGAAGCUCCCUAUCGCUAUAUGUGGGGUAAUACGGCACUUCACUUGGCAGCCUACAGCAAUAACUUGAAGCUGUGCCGAUUUUUGGUGGAAAAAUUACAGUUCGACGUCGAUGCAGUGGAUUACAGCCGUAACACAGUUCUACACGAGGCUACUGACGUUGCAGUUGUGAAGUAUCUACGGAGCAAGAGCGCCAAAAACAUUGAUCAAGAUACGCCGAUGGAUGAAGGCGAAUCGAACGAAGCCCCGCAAGAUCCACAAGAAUCGGUAUUUUUUAGAGCAUGCUAUUCGGACAAUCUGGAUUUGGUUCGCAAUGAAGUGGAACGUGAGGGAUGGGACCCUUUGAAGCAAGAACAUGGGACUUAUGGGCUUAUAAGAGCUGCUGCAUGGGGGAGUCUUCCCAUUGUCCAAUAUCUGUACGAUGCUGGGUUCCGUGAUCACUUGGACUUGGAGGAUGAUACGCACUAUACGGCUUUAGCGACUGCCGUACGCUUCGAAAAUCUUGAAGUAGUCAAGUUCCUUGUUGAAAAGGGAGCAGAUACUAGUAAAAUAUUCGAUACGCCUUCUAACCGUGAGCUGUUGAAAUUCAUGAUUGAUACCUUUGAUUUCAAGCCGACUGUAAACUUUGAAGGUCUAGCUAAACUGACUAUCGAAGAGCUACGCGAAACUCAGUUCGACUACUACACAAAGGACGAAUAUGGGAAGCUUUUCCUGCACUACUACGUCGAGUUUCACGAUAAUCCGGAAGUCUUGCGUUUCCUCCUAACCAAGUAUGACAACGUAGACUUGGAAUGUGAGGAAACUGGACGAACAGCGCUGCAUGAAGCAUUGGCAGCGCAUAACCCGAAGUUUGUAGACGUGCUUCUGGAAGCUGGGGCUGACUAUCGGAAACGUUGCAGUAAAAGCGGACAAAGCGUUUUACACUUCGCAGCAUUGGCUCAAGAUCGCCGUCAUCUGGAUCUGUUCCUAGCUAAACCUGACAUGGAUAUAGAUGACAGGAAUAACGAAGGCGAAACAAUUAUGUUCUUACUGCAGGCGGGAUCAUUUGCACUGUAUCAAUAUCUAGUUGAUCGCUACGGCCUGAAUGUGAACGCUCAGGAUAACCUUGGUCAAACCAAAAUGCAUAAGGCGAUCAUUUCUCAGAGCUACUUCAAUUUACAGGAUUUGGAAGUACUAUUGAGAGAAGUUGGUGCGAAUCAGAACAUAACCGAUCACACGGGAAGACUUCCGCUGCAUUAUGCCGUGGAGUAUGAUAACAGUAAAGCUGUUCGCCUCAUGCAGCGUUACGGUUACUUGGGGCUUCAUGUGAAGGAUCAAGAUGGCAAAAGCCCCUGGAUGCUGGCCGAGGAACUCAAUCGUGAUGAUAUUUUGGAGAUUUUUAGAAGUUUGUAGUUUAUUUCGAAGUAUUAUGUAUGAAGAAAUAAAAAAAACAUUCAAUAA